UUACUUUCUGCAGCUGCUGCAACUGCAAAUGGUGCAUAUGAAUUUUCUGAAUCAUUGCGAGAAAUGGGCGAUUGUCUUCUUGAGAAAACAGCAUUGAAUGAUGAUGAAGAAAGCGGUAAGGUAUUGCUAAUGCUGGGUAAAAUGCAGUUUCAGCUUCAGAGACUUGUAGAUAACUAUCGAUCACAUAUUAUCAGGACAAUCGCAGUCCCCUCAGAAUCCCUUCUCAACGAACUGCGCAUAGUUGAGGAGAUGAAGCUACAAUGUGAUAACAAGAGAGAAGUUUAUGAGCAGAUGGUGCAAAAAUACAGAGAUAAAGGCAGGAUAAAAGGCGCUAAAGGAGAAUGUAUUUCAUCUCACCAGCUGCAAGCAGCUUAUGAAGAAUACGAUGAGGGGGCCACUGUUUUUGUAUUCCGUAUGAAGUCCCUCAAGCAAGGACAAUCCCGCAGCCUUUUAACACAGGCAGCUCGACACCAUGCUGCUCAGUUGUCUUUCUUCAAGAAAGCCGUCAAGUCUCUUGAGGAGAUUGAGCCACAUGUCAAAUUGGUGACGGAACUGCAUCAUAUUGAUUAUCACUUCCAUGGGCUUGAAGAAGAUGAUGGAGAUGAUGCUGGCAAUGAUGAUGAUGAUGAUGAAAAUGAUUACGACGAUGACUCUGAUGACGGAUCUGAGUCACUUGAUGAUGGUGAACUGAGUUUUGACUAUGGACAGAAUGACCAGGUUAAUCCAUCAACCCAUUCAAUGGAGUUGGAUAAAGUGGAGGUUACAGUUCCUGAAGCUGCUACAAAGGGUGCAUCAAAGGAAAAUCUCAAUAAGAGUCAUGGUGGAAACUCUUUUUCCUUCUUCAGGGAUGUUAACAGCACCAAGUCAGCACCACUUUUGUCUGGGAGGAAACAAGAUCCUGCUGAGGGGGGUGCCACACGAAUGACUUCGUCACUCUCAAACAAGUUUCAACCGUAUGUUUUACCCACACCAGUUGAGGCAAAAACUACAGAUUCAGUAAAAUCAUAUAGCGUACACCCUCAAACAAGGCGAACUGGCCAGACUGCUAGUGUACUUCACUCAUGGCAUUCGUCCCCUUUGGAUCAGUUCAAACAUGAAAAGCUUGUGGCAGAUGNG